GAAGCUCUACCAGUCAAUAGAAAAAUGUCGAGCGUGCGGAGUUAGCUGGUCUACUUAGAUAGAUUGAAACUAUUUCAGUAAUCAAAACAGCGAGCGUGUCUAAUUAACGUUAAUAAGAAAGAAUACGCCGAAGUUUUAAUUACAGCAAUCAUCUUACUAGACUACAACAAAAAACAUUUGUGCGUAAGUGGGAUUAUCAAAAAUACAUUUAAAGGGGGAUGUCAAAAAGUGAAACAGAAGAGAUGAUAGAAAUUGAAAUUGAUGGUCAAGAUAAACAGGAUUGUGUGGAGGAGGGAGUGGAGGAACAGACCAUCACAGCAUCUGAGCUCAUCACUCAGGACAUUGACAUCAAUGAGCCAGUUGGGAAUCUCAAGAAGCUUCUGGAGCCCCGUCUCCAGAUCCCGCUGGAAGGCUUUGAGAUCUGUCUGCAAGACAUUCAUCUAUCAGCAGAGCACAGCCUGUUUGAUCAAGGUGUGAAGACAGAUGGAACUGUACAGCUCAGUGUGCAGAUCAUCUCCAGACCAGAUGAGCAGAAGCUCAACAUUCUCGAGAUCGUCAAGCCGGUGGAGACGGUGGAGGUGGUGAUCGACCCAGACGCAGCGGCCGGCGAGGAGGCCCAUCUGAUGGAGGACGGUCAAAUGAUCGCUGUGGAGCGUUCGGCCAUCGCAGACGACACGUCGGAGCAGGUUACGCGGUGGGCGGCUGCUCUGGAGGGCUACAGAAAAGAGCAGGUCCGCCUCAACAUCCCUUACGACCCGGUGCAGUGGACAGCAGACCAGGUGAUCCACUGGGCAGUGUGGGUGAUGAAGGAGUUCAGCAUCGAGGAGAUGGAGGUGGGCAGCAUCCACAUCCCAGGUCGUGACCUCUGCUCCCUGAACCAGGACGAGUUCCUGCAGCGGGUUCCCAACGGAGAGAUCUUGUGGAGCCACCUGGAACUGCUGCGCAAAUAUGUGUUGGCCAGUCAGGAACAGGCUGUUCAGGAGGCCACCGUGACUAUUGACCAGCCGGUGCAGAUAAUCCCGGCCCCUGUGAUGCAGACCACGCCUACAGCCAUCAAGGUGCUGAAGCAGAACAAAGGCCCGCGCGCACCGCGCAUCAGUGGAGAGGAACGCAGCUCACCGGGCAACCGCACAGGUAACAAUGGCCAGAUCCAGCUGUGGCAGUUCCUGCUGGAGCUGCUGACGGAUAAAGACGCACGGGACUGCAUCUCCUGGGUGGGCGAGGAGGGCGAGUUCAAGCUGAACCAGCCCGAGCUGGUGGCCCAGAAGUGGGGCCAGCGCAAGAACAAGCCCACCAUGAACUACGAGAAGCUCAGCAGAGCCCUCAGGUACUACUACGACGGUGACAUGAUCAGCAAGGUGCAGGGCAAGCGCUUCGUCUACAAGUUUGUGUGCGACCUGCGAACGCUGAUUGGCUACAGUGCGGCCGAGCUCAACAGCCUGGUGACCGAAUGCGAGCAGAAGAAGCUGGCGCGCGUGCAGCUGCACGGCAUCAGCCAGCCCGUCACCACGGUGACCCUGGCCACCUCCGACAGCUGAGCUGUGGAUGUGGAGCAGCAGGGCCUCUCUUUCUUUCAGCCAAUCAGGAGACGGCUGGGGGUGGUCAAAGGAUGGUGACUGAGGGGAAUAGGGAUGUUUGUGCAAAAGUUACAAGCAGCUUCUGGAAGGAAUGAGUGUGUGGAUGUGUUAAGGCGUGGUGGCGUGUAUGUGUGUUUGUAUGCAUGUGUAUGUGUGUUUGUAUGCAUGUGUAUGUGUGUUUGUAUGCAUGUGUGUGUGUGUUCGUAUGCAUGCAUGUGUGUGUGUGUGUGUGUUUGUAUGCAUGUGUGGCUGGGUGCUUGAUUAUGCCCUUCUUGGGGGUGUGAAUGUGUACACUUGUGUGAGAGGCAGCAUAAAUGCUCUAUACGUGCGCUCUAUACGUGCGCUGAGUUUUGAAUGCUCUUUCUCUGACAGCAGGUUAGCGUGCGCUUAUGAGUUUGUAUGCUCGUUCUGACUGCAGGCUAGCGUUAGCUGCAUUUCCACUGUAUAUAAUCUGUGUUUUGAUAGCCAUGAGGGCAGUGUAUUUUGAUAUUUUCCAUUUGUAAAGGAUCAAUUUCUUCUCCCUUUUUCCUUUUUUUUAUUAUGUUGAGUGUCCGAUUUCCUUGAGGUGUGGGCCUUUUAGGCUUGGCCACUAGGGGGCAAUAAAGCAACAAGUGUUUUUUUGAA